GAUUCGAUAUCAAUGAAAAAUAAACAUCUACAUCUACAUCCACAAUGAGCGCCGGGAAGGAGUUAAAGGCUUUGAUCAAGGACAUCCGGGAGACCAUCAAGCUGGGCAGACAUUCGGAGGCCAUUCCCAAGUGCCAGCGCCUGCUGAAAUCGGAGCCUAGGAAUGCCAUGGGCUACUUGUUGCUCGGAGCCGCCUACCAGAAUCUGGACAAGACGGAGGCGGCCAAGAACCUGAGGCUGUGCAUCGAGUUCACGGAAGGGCCGGCCACCGCCGCACUCCUGGGACUGGCCAACUGUGCGCCCAGCAACGAGCUGCCGGAGAUCUACGAUCAGCUGGCGGACCUGCAACCAGAACAAGCCUUGGACUUUUGGGAAAAGCUCUUCAACUUGGCCUCGGACUCAGCCGUGGCCCCUGCUUGCUUUGCCGUACUGAAAAAGAGAGUUAAGAACCCAGAGAACAGGAACUAUGCCAAAAUUCAGGAAUACCUGGGACGCAUUUGGUUUGCUAACGAUUUCGAAAUCGGCCCAGAGGACAGUAAUCUUUACAAAACAACGAUGGAAGCCCUGCUGGAUUUCUCAGAUCCAAGUGCAAAGAGUGCCGUCUACAAGCGCUACCUGAAAUGGCUCUACAAGGAGAAGGAUUUUGUGGCCUGUGUGCGGCACGCCUGCAACAUGACCGAAUCGCAUCCGAAGGAUGUCUACGGCUACGAGUGGAUAUGCAAGACCUACUGCGAAAACCACGAGCAAUCCGACACAGAUCUCUGGCAGCAGGAGCUGCGGCAGCCCAUUCAGGUGUACGCUGAGCAGCUGCUGGAACUGAAUCCCAACUCCAACCUGGCCCUGUUGAUCAAGGCACUGGAGCUUUAUGCUGAGGGACAGUAUGUCGCGUCCCGACAGUUGGCACUGCAGGCACAGCAAAGUCAUCCCGCGUACAAGGUCACGCUUGAGCUGCUGGCUCGCAUCCACACAGAACUGGGCGCCUUCAAGCUGGCCCUUCAGAUGUGGCAGCAAAUUGGUCGGGAAAGCGAUGCUUAUGCUCUGUGUUUGUCCCACGAGAAGGAUCAUUCCAAAUUAAGAGAAGCUGUCGGGAUGUUGCAAGCGCUGAAGAAGUCAGAGGGCAAUACUAAGACAUUGGCUCGCUGCUUCUUUAAGCUGGGUGAGCUGCAGCUGUUGAAGGAUUUGCAUCUGGACGAUCUCUCGAGGGCAGAAUUUCUUUUAUCGCCAGCUGAAGCUCUCCGAGAAAUGGCCAACCAAGAGUCCUUCGAGGCCCUCCUGCUAUGCGGCAAGCUGCACAUGGCGCUGAACAGCUAUGCUGACGCCUUGAACUGUGUGCUGAAGGCCACUCGGCUGCGACCUCACUUUGCCGAGUGCUUCGACUACCUGGGCAGGCUAUAUCCGCUGGCUACCGGCGACUUGGCGCGUGCCCGCAAGUGCUACGAGAAGUGCAUCAGCCUCAAUGCUUUGGCCGAAGAAGCCGUGGAUGCUCUGAGUUUCAUCUACCAGGAACUGGGCGAGGAGGAGUUGAACGAGACACUGCUUCUGAACACAUUGCGGCACCUGGGCAGCGACGAAUCAAUCCGCCUGCAGUACAAGCUGGGCCUGCAUUUCCUGCAGGUGAAGAAGUGCGACAAUGCAAUCCAAUGCUUUCGCAUUGCCAUUAAACACGACUCGCGGUGCAUGGUCUACUGGGAGUCAUUGGGCGAUGCUUAUGCGGCGCGUGGCUCUUACAACUCGGCCAUUCGGGUCUUCCAGAAGAUCCUCGAACUCUCCGCGGAGAACAGCUACGCCCUGCUUCAAAUAGCCUCCAUCAAAACGACGAUUCGCAGUUAUGCCGAAGCUAUUGACGAUUAUGAUGUGCUGUUAAGGCUGAAUCCCAGUUACCUGCCAGGUCUUCGAGGAGCCGCCGAGGCGCAUAUUGGCAUGGCGAACAGUCUGAAGAGUCAGAACCUUUACGGCAGGUCCAAGCAGCAUUUCCAAUUGGCCGUGGGACACCUUCAGAGUGCCUUCCUUCAACCGGAAGCUCAGAGCAUGGUUUGGCUGUGGCGCCUCGCGGCCAGUGUGUUCGUUCAGACGGCUCAGCUGCCGCCCUCGUUGGCCAACUUGGAUGUGGCCGGCAGUCUGGCCAAGCGGGAGGAACCCAUUGCGUAUCUGUCGCGCAAGGAUCUCCUGCAGCUGGCGCAGCGUUUUUAUCUGUGCGCACUGAAGCUGAAGCAGAACACCUACCUGUGGUACGAGCUGUCGCUGGCCAGCUACUGCAGUGCCGUCUUCAUUCCCGAAGAGGCCAAGGGCCACCUGGAUACGGCGGCCAGGGUGUGCAAGAUGGCAAUCAAGGAGCGCGGCAAUCGUUGGCAGAACUGGAAUCUGCUCGGCGUGAUCAACAUGCAUCCGGAAUACGAAAACCUGCCAUUGGCUCAGCACUGCUUUAUUCAGGCUGUGGAGCUGGAACGAAAGUGUUUCACAGCAUGGACCAAUCUGGGGGUGCUCUACAUCAAAUUGAACGAAAUCCGACUGGCCAACGAGGCGUUCACGAGAGCCCAACAAUCCAGCCCCGUGUACGCCAACGCUUGGAUAGGCCAGGCCAUGGUGGCGGAGACUAUUGGUGAUCGGGAGGAAGCCUUCGAUCUGUUCCGUCAUUGCCAGCAGUUUGAUUACCACCCAGAGGCGGCGCUAGGCUUCACGCACUGGGUGUGCGAAAUGCUGUCGGAUCCGGUUUCUCGGAACAAGCCGCACAUCAGGCAUGCCAUCGAGCACAUGUACGCGGAUGUCUAUGCACUGGAUGCCAUCAAUUGGUACGUGCAAAAUGAGGAGGCAGACGCCAGUAUCGCAUCGCUGUCUUUCCAGGGAUUUCUGUACGCCCGGAAAGGGCUCUAUCACCAAGCGGUCGAAGCCUUUACCCGCGCGUGCAAGCUGUGCGAGCCUGGAGCGGAUCGGGACAAGCUGUAUACAAAUCUGGGGUACCUGUACCUGAAGCUUGACCAGCCGGAGCAGGCGGCCAACGCCCUAAACACGGUGGCUCACGCCACAUUCAAGCCCAUCAUUGGCUUGGCUCAGGCAUAUUACCGAUCCGGCCAGUUGCAGGAAUCCUAUUCGAUCUACAACUCCGUUCUCAGCAACGUGGUUGGCCAUGACGAUGACAAAGCGGCCACCAUCCUAGUGGCGAUGGCCUCCAUGAUCUACGCCUACCAGGGCGAAGCGGACACCAAAACGCUACUCUAUCAGUGUGUCUUGCUGAAAGAUGUUCCCAUUCAGGCCCUGUACUCGGCCUUUGCCUUGGGCAUAAUUCACAGGGAUAACGAGCUGAGCCGAACGAUAAUGACCGAGCUAAGUGCGUACGCUUUCAAGGAGGAAUAUUGCGCCGAUGUGUCCUACCUAACGGCCUACUAUAUCCUGAUAAAUGAUGGUGUGCGCAAGGCCUUGUGCUACCUACAGACCCGUGUCCGCAUGUUUCCCCAUUCCGCGAGUCUUCGGAAAGUUUUGCUCAAGUUUCUUCUUGACUAUUUCCUCGAGGAGCGAACCUACCAACUGGCCACCUCAAAUAUGGCUUUGAUAGCUCUUACGCUGGGUCACACCAAUCAGCAGAACGGUAUAUUGGCCAGCGAGGAGGCCCAGACGACCAUCUAUGCCAGCCAGGCGGUGAGUCCCGUGGACAGGACCUGCUCCCUGAAGUUGGUGCAGCGCGCCAUUCGCCUGAACCCGAGUGACCAACGAGCGAGAAGGUUACUUUCCUCCAUUACUGCUCGCUAAUCGCAAUUCCCAAUAAAAGUUAUUCAAAGCAG